AGAGAGCGACUCAGACCCGGCGGCUCUCUGCCGGUGGAUAAAGCGCUUCAGGAGAAGCUGCGGGUUGUUUUUUAAUCUUUUUUGUUUGUUUGUUUAUUUGGCCAUAAACGUACAAUAAAAACAGUACAGGUGUGGCAGGGAUGACACAAAAAAGCAUAAAAACUUGUUUCCAUUGUGGUCCCAGACGCUGAGAUGAGCUGAGCGGCUUAUAGACGGUGUUUAACGCUGAGGAGACAGAAAGAGCAGAAAGAGAAGAGAAAAUGAAACCGGACAGAGAGAACACAAGUGUGCAGAGUGAAGGUGGACAUGAGACAGGAGGAGACGGAGAGGAGACAUCAGCACUGCUGGGACAGGAUGUUCAGGACUCCACAGGUUCCUCUUUCACUUUCUCUGUGUUUAAUCUGAUGAAUGCCAUCAUGGGAAGUGGGAUCCUGGGAUUAGCCUACGCCAUGGCCAACACAGGUGUCCUGGGCUUCAGUAUUUUGUUGUUGCUGGUCUCCAGUUUGGCCGCCUACUCCAUCCACCUCCUCCUUACUCUGUGUGAUCAGACAGGCGUGACCUCGUACGAAGGACUGGGAGAGAGAGCCUUCAGCAAAGCCGGAAAGGUGCUGGUGGCGUGUACCAUCCUGAUCCAGAAUAUCGGUGCCAUGACUUCUUACAUGUUCAUCCUAAAGAUUGAACUUCCUCCAACCAUCAGUGGCUUCCUGAGAGACGAGCAUUCUGGUGUGUGGUAUGAAAAUGGGAUGGUGUUACUGAUCCUGGUCACGGUGUGUGUGGUGCUUCCUCUUGCCCUGCUGCCCAAAAUCGGUUUCCUGGGUUACAGCAGCGGUCUGUCAUUCUUCUUCAUGCUGUUUUUUGCUGUUGUGGUGGUGGUGAAGAAAUGGUCAAUUCCAUGUCCACUGCCUAACAACUCCACUCUCACCCUGCAGAUCUCUAACUCGUCUGUCUCAGACUGCAGCGCUCGUCUGUUCAUUUUCUCCAGUAAGAGUGCCUAUGCCAUCCCCACUAUGGCGUUCUCCUUCUUGUGUCACACUGCAGUCCUGCCCAUUUACUGUGAGCUCCAGCGACCCACGAAGCGGAGGAUGCAGAAUGUGGCCAAUGUGAGCAUCUCCCUCAGCUUCCUGGUCUACCUGGUCUCCGCCCUCUUCGGCUACCUCACCUUCUACGGUAGGGUGGACUCUGAGUUGUUGCGAGGGUAUGAUGUUUCCCUGCCGCAUGAUGUGUUGGUGAUGUUAGUGCGUCUUGCAAUCCUAUUGGCUGUGCUGCUCACUCUGCCGCUCAUCCACUUCCCCGCCCGUAAAGCGGUGUUGACUUUAAUCAGAGGAGAGACACACUUCUCCUGGCUGUCUCACUGUGUCUCCACAUUUGUCCUCCUUCUGAUCACUGAGCUGCUGGCCAUCUACGUCCCCGACAUCAUGAACGUCUUUGGAGUUGUGGGUUCCACCACCUCAACCUGUUUGCUGUUUGUGUAUCCCGGUCUGUUUUAUUUGCGUGUUAGUAAUGACCACAUCAGAUCUUACAGUUCAAUUGGGGCUAUUGCUCUUGUAGUGUUUGGUGUGUUUGUGGGUUUGCUGAGUUUGUGUGUCGUCAUCAUUUCCUGGGCACAGGCAUCCUGACCUUGACCUUCUGACCUCUGCUCCCCCUCCUGCAUGUGUUUGCACAGUGACAUCUGCUGUAUCCAAAAUCACUCACUGCUCACUCUAUAGUGGAGUGUGUACGCUACCGUUCAAAAGUUUGGGGUCACUUUGAAAUGUCCUUAUUUUUGAAAGAAAAGCACUGUUCUUUUCAGUGAAGAUCACUUUAAACUAAUCAGAAAUCCACUCUAUACAUUGCUAAUGUGGUAAAUGACUAUUCUAGCUGCAAAUGUCUGGUUUUUGGUGCAAUAUCUCCAUAGGUGUAUAGAGGCCCAUUUCCAGCAACUCUCACUCCAGUGUUCUAAUGGUACAAUGUGUUUGCUCAUUGCCUCAGAAGGCUAAUGGAGGAUUAGAAAACCCUUGUACAAUCAUGUUAGCACAGCUGAAAACAGUUGAGCUCUUUAGAGAAGCUAUAAAACUGACCUUCCUUUGAGCAGAUUGAGUUUCUGGAGCAUCACAUUUGUGGGGUCGAUUAAAUGCUCAAAAUGGCCAGAAAAAUGUCUCGACUAUAUUUUCUAUUCAUUUUACAACUUAUGGUGGUGAAUAAAAGUGUGACUUUUCAUGGGAAACACAAAAUUGUCUGGGUGACCCCAAACUUUUGAACGGUAGUGUAGCAAGUUCUCCAUUCUGUAGUGCUGUCUGAAUGGAUAGUGAGAAUUAUUACACCCUAUAUAGUGGACUCCUAGUAUCCCACAAUGCACCGUCAAAAGUAGUGAACAACCGAUGGGCACUAACCAAGCGAUAUAUCCCAUCAUGCAUUGUAGUCACGCUGGGAAAAAAAAAGUGUUGGGGUGAACAGACGGAGGAAGAAACACAUUAUAAACAGACAUUUAAAGUCCAAUUAAAAAUAGUAGAGAGUAGAAAAAAGCUAAAAUAGAAUAAAACAUAAAAUACGAGAAUAAAAGUUCCAGUGCAGCGCGAGGAAUUAAUCAAAAGCCUCAAAUUUGAUUUAAUAAAAGGCAGCGGCAAAGAAGAAAUAAAGGAUUCAGCCUUGAUUUAAAAGAACUGAAAGAUGCAGCAGACACAAAGAACUUUGUAUUGAUUAAUGUGGGAAAUACGCCCAGUAUAAUAUGGAUUUAUCAUGUAUUGAUUAUUUUGAAAACCCACCAGCCGACUGAUCAGGCACGCUUUAAUUGUGCGACAGUAAUGAUGUAAAUAACGGCGUGGCAGAGUGGUGUCCCAAAGUGUUUGUCGUCCCCCCCCCCCCUUUUUACCAAUGAGCUCACUAUAUAAUCCUCUAUGUAGAAUUCCCUCAAUAGUGAGUAGGGAGUAGUGAACGAGUGAGUGAUUUUGGACACAGUUAUCAACACUGAAGAGGUUCAUUUUAAAAGGAACGGUUAUCAGUGGAACACAGUUUACACUUCAUUCAACAGGGGGACCAUUAUUACUGUAACACACAGGAAGUUUUACACACCGAGACACGGUGACCAAUUUCUCAACACUGUUUACAUUCCGAGCACUGAGCUCUGUAUAAAAUCUGGAGAGCUCAUAGGCUGGUGAGAGUGAAGCCAUCUGGCCGCCAUCUUGCCACUCCCAUCGCGUGGAUUUGAUUUGUGUUAAAGCAUCGUAUCUGAUCAAAC